UUAAGUUCAGAUUAUUCAAUUCAAUAUUUGAAACCUAAUAAAUAUUUAUAAAGAUGAAGAUAUUUUGCACAAGUUUUCUUGUCGUUGUGUUUGCUUUCGUUUCCAGAACCAAUGCAUUAACAUGUUAUACGUGCUCUGAUUCCAACUACGAUGGCGAAGCAGCAGAAACAUGUUUUUCAACGGUGUCCGGCACGACGUCCUCUGCAACCUGUGCAGCUGAUAGUGGAACAACCGUGUAUUAUUGUCGAUCACAAUUUACUAUUACAGACGGAGUCACAACUGCAAUCGCUAGGGCAUGUGUUGCCAGUACAGGUGAUGAGGAUGCUAAUACAGAAGCGGUUCCUACUUCAGACAAGUGUACCACAGUUCUUGAUGAAAGUGGAAAUCCUACCGGCGUUACGACUUGCUCCUUCCAUUGUACAACCGACAAUUGCAAUACCAAAUCUACAACCUCUCUGGUGCAAUGUUCAACCAAUUGCAAUAGUGGGAGUAGCGGAGGAAGUUGUAACUACAUCACAGGAACAUGCGUUUGCAACAGUGGAUUCAGUGGAUCAGAUUGUACGACUGCAACUACAACCACCUCGACAGUAUUAAGAAAAUGUGUUCAGUGUAACUCAGAAACCGAUAGUGGAUGCAGUUCAUCGACAACAAGCGUGGAUUGCCCAGGAAGUGAAACCUUUUGUUCUACAACAACUUCCACUAUCUAUGACGCAUCCGAUGCGAUAAUCCGCACUGUCACAACCAGAGGUUGCACGACAUUGUUCAAAGCUGUGGAUGAAUGUAGUUUUAAUGAUAUUCAUACCGAUGCUCCAAUCAGCGGUUCAAGUGUGGGAUACAAAGAGUUCAACUGUUUUUCUACUUGUGAUACUGAUGGCUGCAAUACUAAUACAGCCGAUGGAGUGAUCAAUGGAAACGAAGCGAUUGCGUUGCAAUGUGUUGUGUGCAGUGAUACCACUGGUUCGGGAAGUUGUGACACAGCUACUGCAAGACAAGCUUGUGCCAGCGGUUCAACGCAUUGUAAGGCCACAGCCAUAUAUUUGAUUUCCGACAGAACUGAUUUAUCGUACUCGGCCGCGCCAGGAUAUCAACUUGUUAGUCUUGUGCGUGAAUGCGCAACGGCUUCUGUAGCGACUGAAUGUACGGAAUCUUCAAUCGGAAGCCUUAGCUUGAAAAAAGUUACUUGUGCUGAAACUUGCCAGGGUGACGGGUGUAACACAGGAUGGCCUGCAAGACCCGAAUGUAUCACAUGCUCGUCACAUCUCGUAUACGAUGCUGAUGACUAUGAUCAAUGCCUUGAAAAUCCUCCUGUGGCUGCUGCUUGUACUUUUCCGUAUGAAGCAUACUGCGUGAUCCAAGAAAGCGGAAUACAAAAAGGAAACAGAAAAAGUGUUGAGGGAUAUCCUCGAAGAAUAACUCGCGGUUGCUUCCAUUCUGACAUCGGAACUGCCUGCUCUACUUACACUCCUCGUGACACAGAAAUGGAGUCAUGCAAUCGUACAUGCACAACAGAUGGAUGUAAUGUCGGCAGUGGAAGCUCUAUUCCGUUCCAGACGAUGAUCACCGUCGUAGCAUUUGCUCUUCUUGGAAAGCUAACACAAAUAUAAGUUCUUAUACUCGUGAUUAUAUCAAAUAUUUAUCUAAAUACCAGUAUUGUUUUAUGCAGAUUUCAUUUUAUUGUUACUUUGUUACAACGUUAUAAAAAAAAUUAAUUUUAUUCAAAGAUAAAUUUGUAUUGAGAAAUUGUUUCAUUCAUUUUCAUGUUUUUAACAACAAAUCCCACUUCAAGCGUGCCAAUUAUCAUUCCCUCAUGCUUGAUCAUGUACAAAAUGAUGUUUCCUGACCCGGUUCAGUAGUUAGAUCUGUAUAUCGAUGUGUAAUUAAUGUCACGUGCGAAAUAUUUUUAGAAUUGUUUGUGUGUUUUACACGCAUGCUGAUUUUUAUUCUUCUUGUUAGGUCUAAAAACCGUUGAAAUUUUCAUGAUAACACUGCAACAUUGUGUUAUAAUUUCGUUUAUACGUAGUUCAUUCAGCGACGAUGACUCUUUAUUAAUACAUCUGGAAAAGUGAUUUCACAAAUAUGUAUGUAAUCUUGACGAGUCGCCAUAAAAAUAAAUAUAGUCCAACAGUACAGCGUGUUAUA